UGUACCUCACUGGCCUCCGUCAAUGCGGAAGUAUCCCAUGUGUUGUUUCAUCUCAUUCAUACUAAUGUAAUAUCAUGUAUUAAUCGGUCUUGUGUGUGAAUUGAGUUUUAAACCAUUAAAAUAUGCUUCGCAAGAGGACCAACGUACGAGAAGAUGGCGACAGUGUCAAAUCUGACAAAAAGAAGACACAGACAGCACAGGACACUAGUGUUACUGUGCCUCAAAGGAGCUGCUGGUCUGUUGUGUCUUUCUGGAUGAAGAUUCUGCUCUUCCUCAUCUUCACUCCAGCUUUCCUAAACUAUGCCUCCCUACAGAGAGAAGGACAGGUGCUGUCAGAGACAGGCGCUCAGUUAAUAGAUAUUGGUCUGGGCCAAAAGAUCCACCUGCUGUGCAAAGGACAUGGACAACCAGUUGUGGUUCUUGAUGCUCCAGCAGGGAUGUCUUCAGAUGUUUGGUACUACGUUCAAGAGAGUCUCUCAUUAACAACAAAGGUGUGCACCUAUGACAGAGUUGGUCUUGGUUUUAGCCGAAGAACCCUGGAGAAUGAAACCACAGGCACAGAGAAAGUCUGGGGAAUGUCAACCACUGGAAGGAUGGUGGAUGAUCUCAAUCGAUUGGUCAGGGCUGCAGAUCUAGCCACGCCCUUCAUCCUGGUUGGCUCUGAACUGGGCACUCUCAACGGCAGAUUUUACAGCCACAUCCAUGACACGCAAGUGUCUGACUUGGUGUUGAUCGAUCCGAUCCCAGAAGAUGUCUUUGAAGAGGAGAAGUGGCAGCAGUACUGGUACUCUCACCUGAUUCCAUCCCUCCAGAUGAUGCAGUUUUCCGCAGCCGCAGGUUUGAGUCGUCUGCUCAUUAUCGUGGGUUUGUUGAAGCCUGUCAUUCAAGGAGAAAACAUCUCGGAGGAGCUUGGACAGCGACAGAAAUAUCUGUUAUGUAACCCCGCCCACCAGAGUGCUACAGUCGAUGAGCAUUUCUUUCUCAAUGAGAGUGCAGCUCAAGUCAGGGAGAUCUCGAGAUACAAGCCUCUUUCUAGCAAGACAUCUGUGCAUGUGAUCACUGGAGAAUCUUUUGAUGAACAACUGCCUAUAGAUCUCAAUCAGGUGGUUGCAGAACUGCAGAGUAAGUUUUUGGAGCGAUGUUAUCCUCGUGCCAAUCGCAUUCAAAUUCGUGGAACGGAUCGUCACAUGAUCUAUAAAAAUCCAUCCUUAGUUAUUCAGCAUUUACAUAAGCUUGUGUCACAAAAGCAGUACAAUCAAAAGAGACAAUGAUAGGUUUUGAAAUAUGUGGCCUCAGUUACAGUUUCAUUCAAUAAGAGUUUUCCAGCAGUGAUGCUCUCUUUGAUGAUGCAAGAGCCUGAAUAAAGUAUGUUGUUUAAUGUUGUUGCUGGAAACAAAAUAGCAUUGCAGUUUGUUUCUGUAUAAUAAUUUAUCUGCCUGUUUUUUGUUUGUUUUUUACAUCAGGAGGCUUUUGUAUUGUAAAUGAAUGUUUUCGAGUGUUGAAUAAAACUUAAGGUCUAACA